AUGCCGCCUACUGCCGUCCCGACCGGCGUCGCGCCCACGGGCGACUACUCGGGGCCGCUGCGCCCGCAGGUCCACUUCUCGCCGCCGGUCGGCUUCAUGAAUGACCCGAACGGCCUGUUCCAGGCGUCCAACGGGACCUACCACCUGUACUAUCAAUACAACCCGACCGCGCUCGUCGCCGGCAACCAGCACUGGGGCCACGCUACGUCCGACGACCUGUACACGUGGACCAACCAGCCGAUCGCGCUGUUCCCGCCGAGCGGCGUCGAGGGCGCCGGCGUCUUCUCGGGCUCCGCCGUCAUCGACACGAACAACACGUCGGGCUUCUUCGGCAACCUGACCGAGGGCGUCGACCCGAUCGUCGCCAUCUACACGCUCAACACGCCCGAGAAACAAACGCAGGACAUCGCGUACUCGCUCGACGGCGGGUACACGUUUACGGAGUACGAGAACAACCCCGUCCUCGACAUCAACUCCACCCAGUUCCGCGAUCCGAAAACUAUUUGGCACGAGGAGACGGGCAAGUGGGUUAUGGCCGUCACGUACUCGCAGGAGUUCGCCAUCGGCAUCUACACGUCGCCCAACCUGAUCGAGUGGGAGUUCGCGUCCAACUUCUCGCACGCCGGCCUCCUCGGCCUCCAGUACGAGUGCUCGAACCUCGUUCCCGUCCCGGUCAAGGAUUCGGACGAGCUCAUCUGGGUCAUGUACAUCUCGAUCAACCCGGGCGCCCCUCUCGGUGGUUCGGUGGGCCAGUACUUCCCGGGCACGUUCAACGGCACCCACUUCGAGGCGUUCGACGCCGCCGCGAGGAUCGACGGCUUCGGCAAGGACAACUACGCCAGCCAGUUCUUCUACGGCACGCCGGCCAACGAGUCGAUCUCUAUCGGGUGGGCCUCCAACUGGCAGUACACGAACCUGGUCCCGACCGCCGAGGAGGGCUGGCGCUCGUCGAUGGCCACCCCUCGCCGCCACUACGUGACCAACGCGACCCGCAUCGGCUACGUCCUCGCGAGCGAGCCGUACCAGAUCGAGUCGGUCCGCAACUCGUCGCUCCUCCCCGACGGCGCCGAGUCGGCCAGCAUCGUCAACACGACGGUCGAGAUCGACCUCAAGAACAACACGUCGGGCGCCGUCUACUUUGCGCUCAACUUCACGAUCCCGGACGGCGCCAACGUGCCCGAGACGGCCGCCGUCACCCUCACGAUGCGCUCGUCGGCGUCGAACGAGACCUUGCUCGCCGGUCACUACUUGGGCGGCUCGAACGCCGGCACGACCUGGGUCGACCGCGGCAAGCUCACCGGGUUCGAGCACCCGCUCUUCAGCGACAAGGUCAGCCACACCAUCGUCGGCAACGCCGAGUCGCUGUCGGGCAUCUUCGACCGCUCGCUGUUCGAGGUCUUUGUCAACGGCGGCGAGUUCUCGGCCACGUCGACCGUGUUCCCGAGCGAGAUGCUCGACACGCUCGAGGUCACGACGACCGACCUGCCCGAGGGCGCCGACGUUUCGGCGGCCGUCUGGGGCCUGCGGUCGACCUGGGCGCAGCAGUAGGCGCGCGAGCGCGUCUUCCCUCGCCCACCCUCUCCUCCUCCCUCUCCCUUCCUUCCUCUCCCCUUCCCUCUCCCCCCUCUCUUCUUCUUUCUUUCUUCGCCGAGUCUCGACAUCGUAAAAGCUUGAGUAGACUUGUACAGACCGUCCUUUGAAAGGCGCCAAGCUUCACCGUC